AUGAAUGUUGAUAAAGAGAUGAUGGAUUCCUUGAAGAAGGGAAGGAGCAUUCUUUUAAAGAAAGUAGAAGUCGAAAAAGAGAAGAAUCGGCUAGCCCAGCUCGACAUAGAAGAGGAAAGAAGGAUCAGAGCUCAAUAUAUGGUGCAACUUGAGGAAGAGAGAAACGCAAGGAAAGUCGCUGAGUCUGAUAUGAGAGAUUACCAGAAGAGAGUUGAGUCUUUGAAAGGAAGGAUAGUGGCUUUACAAUCUGAGAUCGAGAUACGAGAAGAAGAGUUGAGGGAAUUGAGAAGCCAUUACUUCGAGAUGGAAGAGGAGCUGAGUAAGGUUAAGCAAGAGCGUCAAGAAUGUCAAGACUACAUGGACAACUUUGCAGUUCAAAUUAACUCCAAAAUAGCUGAGCUAGAUCUCGAAAAGGAAGAACUGCAGAGGGUAAGGGAUAAGUUGGCACAGUCGGAGGAUAUGGUUCGAGUGUUGGAAAGAAGUAAUGAAGCCUUAGGAGCCAGCAACGAAGUGAUAAUCGCAGAUAACAACACCGUGUUCCAUGAUAAGAUAAGACAUAUGACAAAGCAGGUCGAGCAAGCAGCCCGUUAUGCGGAAAGGUUGCAACAACAAGCCACCCAAGUUGGAAAUGAUGCUUCGAAGUAUUGA